ACCCCGCACCAAUACUAUCAGAUUAAAAUUUGUGGCUUAUUCGGAAUCAGUAAAUAAAAACAUAAAUUAAUUAAUUUUGUGGCUUAUUUGACAUCUUUGAUGAUUUUAAACAAGUGAAUUUGUUUUAAUAUUAUGAUUAGUGUUAUGGAAAAUAAUUUAACAUUCGGUAUGCAUGCAGGAAACAUUGAAUUUCAACAAGUGGACCUUACACCUGAACAACAAAAACUGCUUAUAGACUUGCGACGAAAAAAGCAAGAACUCUUGCUUGAAAUUCAGUAUAAGUACGUUCAAAACGGCAAAGAUUAA